AUCGUAUCAAAUUAUCGCCAUUUGUGUUUCCAUACUGCAUACAUGACGUCAGGCGUCACAAUAUCGAAAGUAGGAGAAAAUCCCAGCAAUCAAAACAGACUAUGGCAACCUCAUUAGACGAAAUUUCCAUCGUGGAGGAUGUGACUCUGUGUUCAAUAUGCUUUGAGAAAUUCAAAAAACCGAGGUAUCUUCCUUGUUCUCACUCGUUUUGUCAUAGUUGUUUAUCAUCCUACAUUGCCAGCGUGCGUACGUCUACGGAACCUCGUUUGGGUUUUCACUGUCCGCUAUGCCGUGAAUACAUUCAUUGUAAAGGCACAUUUGAUAAGCCCGAGGAUAUUGUAAACUUUUUUCCCGAAAAUUACCUACUAGAAAAAAUUCUUGAGAAAGGUGACCAGUUGAAAUGCGAGUCCUGUCUUAGAGACAACGAGGAAGAAGAGGCUACCGCCUAUUGUGCCACGUGUAUGGAGAAUUUAUGUCAAGUUUGUUCAAAAUGUCAUAGGAAACUCUUGGUCACAAAGAGCCAUAAGGUAUACCAACUAAGUGAAAUGAAAUCAUCUAACAUUUUUUCCGAUUCGGUUUCAAACUUAACCUGUUCAAAACAUAAAAACAGAGAGAUAGAACUAUUUUGCAACGACCACGAAGCACUAUGCUGUACAAUGUGUGUUAGCACAGAGCAUAGAAAAUGUGACAGCGUUGAUACUGUUGAAGUAGCUGCUAAAUCUUUACGUGAAAGUGGAAAACUUAGCGGUCUAUUAACUGAAGUAAAGAAUCUAGAGAAGAAACUGACUGGAUCAAAGGCAAGACAGGAGAAAAACAUAACAGAAAUAGAAGAUAGUGUCGACAGCAUGACAGAAACAACAGAAAAAGAACUGCAAACUCUAGUUGAACAUUUGGAAAAGCUGAAAGAUGAUCUUUUACAAGAAAUAUCUAAGGCAGGUAAAACUAGCCAAGAAAAGUUGAGAAAAAGUCUAGAGAUUGUCACUGACGGAAUUUCAUGUGCAAAAUCUUGCGGUGAUAAAGUUGAAAGAGCCAUGGAGAAGGGUAGUGAUGUUCAAUUACUGGUGGAAUAUUACGCAGCAAGAGCCACUCAAGAGCAUAUGAAUUGUUUUAAGUUCACAGAAAAAUAUAUAAGCAUAUUAGAAAACAAAUCCGAAAUGCCACAACAAAUUAAAGACAUGAAAAAUCUGUCACAGAUAGAAGCUUUUGGUAUGGAAAAAGAUGUGACUCGUGUGUAUGAAAAAGAAUUGUCUUUUAAACAGGAACUUAAUAUAUCUAAUUCCAAUAUUUGCAGUGGGACUUUUCUUUCAAAUGGCACAUUUAUUGUUGCAAAUCAUAAGCUUCAAGGUCAGUGUAAUGUAUAUGACGAGGAUUUCAAAUGCAUAAAAACAAUAAAAGGGUUGAGACACCCUUUUGCAGUCGCGGAAAAUGCGAAUGAAUUGUUCGUUACUUGCUUUAACACACAAUCUAUUAUGGUUUUCUCAUCUGAUGACUACACAGAAAAACGGAAUAUUAAGCUAGAUAUAUACGUUUAUGGAAUAGCUUGUAAAAAUGACACUCUCUAUGUGGCAUGUGGAAAGAAAAUUAUAAAGAUAGAUAAAAAUGGGUACAAAAUCAAAGAAUAUAAAACGGGUUCUUGUGUUAUUCACCUUCUUGUGUUGAACAGUGUAGAUCUAGUUUACAGUAACAAGGAGACAAACACUGUGAUUGCAAUGAAUGAUAAUGGCAAUACUCUAUGGGAAUACAAAGCAUCCAAUCUGAAGGAACCAUAUGGACUGGAAAAGGAUAAUGCUGAAAACAUUUUUAUUGCUGGUAUACAGAGUAGGAAUAUUCACGUUUUGUCCUGUGCUGGAGAAGUCAUUAGAGUGAUUAGUUAUAUGUCGAAACCAGUCUUUGUAGCAAUGAAUGAAAAGAGAAAUGUAUGCUGUGUAUGCAGUGAAUAUAAGAAGAUUAGAGUUUAUGAACUGAAAUAGAGCCAUGACUUUGUAGAUUUAUACCGUUGACAUAUCGAGAUGUGGUCCAGACUACCUGUUUGUGAUUCAAAAAAUAAUGAAAAGAUAUAUUGUCUCUUUGAAAUAAUUCUG